AUGCCUGUCGAGCGCAAAAUUUUACUGGACAUACGUAUCAGACGUAACAGCAGAAAUCAGGAUUGUUCAUUUCGCCCAGCUUCUAGGGGCGAUCGAUCUUCUUCGGCGACAUGGCAUCUAGCACAGGGAUGUGAAGCCAGACAACACCCUCGUGAGAAACUAAAACCCCCAUAUGCAAUGCUAACUAGGUUCGGAUGCGCAUCUAACGCCAUAGACACUCCCUAUGAUAGUACAGACACUGUAGAUUAUCCUGCACCCGGGCAGGUCGAGGGGAAACCUCGUGAUCGAGCCGUUGGUUAUUGGGGCUGUUGUAUGAUCGGAUUGGAGAUGGUUCUAAAGAAGCCAAUUGGGUCGAGGGUCGUGCACGGUCGCUUUGGCCUCAGCUCUUAUCGAGAGGUUCCGGUUCACAACAAAACUCGCGGGUGGCCGGAUGUUUGUGAAGCAUGCUAG